AUGAAUAAAAUAGAUGUGAUUGCUUUGUUUUUUUCAUCGUUUAUAUUUAUAAUUCAUAUUAAUGCCUCAACAGAUUCACUUUGUGUAGGACAUCGAGGUUAUACGUUAGGUGGACACCCAGAGAAUACAUUGAUAUCAUUGGAAAAAGCAAUUUCAGCAGGAGCUGAUGGAUUAGAAUCUGAUGUCAGAUUGACAAAAGAUGGUGAAGUGAUAAUGAUACAUGAUGAUUCAUUUAAUAGAACCACUAAUGGUACUGGGCUGGUUAUUGAUCAUGAUUGGAAUGGAUAUAUUGAAUAUUUGAAAACUAAGGAUGAAAGUUAUAAUAUGGAAUACCCACAAGUGUUGUUGGAUCAUACCAAGUUCACCAAAACAUUGUGUGAAAAAGGUAGGAAAAUGUUUGUGUGGACAGUUAAUGAAGAUGGUGACUUGAAGUCAGUUAUGAAUUAUGGACAUAGUGAAGGUUAUGGCGUGUAUGGAAUUUUAUCAGAUGAUGUUGUCAAGUGUAUUAGAAACCCUACAGUGAUUCGUGCCGUUGAGGCACGUAGUGCUGAACAUGCCUGA